AUGAUGCAUUCCGAAAACGUAGCGAUUGACGAGCGAUAUGAUGAGCUAAUGAAGAGGACAGUGACAGCAGCGAAAAUGUACGGUGCACAGUUGGUGUGGAGAAUCGAAAACGUGGCACAGAAAAUGAAUGAUGCUAAGAGCGGCACUCGCCCAGUCGUCCAUUCGGAGCCGUUUGUUUCCGGCCGCCAUGGCUACAAAUUCGUUGCCAGUGCAUGUCUGUUUGGAGAUGGGCAAUAUCGCGGCAAAUUUAUGGCAGUAUAUCUUACACUCGUUCGGGGCAAGUACGAUCCGCUGUUGGAAUGGCCAUUUGAUCUUUCAGUUUACAUUACGCUUCUCGAUCAGGUCUGUAUCAUAUAUCACCUAUGUUCUUCAUACUAGUC